UUACACCUUUAGUGUCAGUUGGUUUCGUCGAUCCCACUUCUGCACGAGUAUUAAAUAAAAAGCGUGUAACAUUUUGAACCGUGUUUGUUUGUACUCAUGCACAUGUUUAUUUAUUGUUAUUUACUGCAAACUUCGAUUUUGGAGUGUCGAUGUGCUGUUUUCGCUCACUCUCAGGACAUGUGUACGCGCACUUGAAUAUUACGGCAAAGAAAAAUAAAUAACUGCAUGAAAUCGGUUAAAAAUUGAGUAUGAAAACAGCAAAAACAUUUAGCAACGAUUGUUUAUAAAUGAAACGUCGUAUAUUUCUUGUUAACGCCGCUCUUUUUAGUUUUAUCAGAGAUUAGGAAAUAUUUUUAUGGGUUUGCGAUAGUGCUUUUAGCGCGUUGCUUUCCUCACAUUUCAUUGAAUUCAAUAGGAAGAGUCGAUUUACUAGAAUUUGAAAAUACAGAAAUAGGUACACAUGUAGUCUAGAAGUGCUUGUGCUGGUGGAUUAGUCGGUGAAAUUGUGAACAUUGCCUUACCGCAAACGAACGGAUGUGUUUUUGUGAAUCGUUAGAGAAACAGUUUUAUUGUGUACGGAAAGGAAACUCGCCGAAAGUUUGUUUUGAAGCUCGUGAUAAAUAUCAUAAUGGAAAAGGUCUUAAACACAUUAUGCGGUCGAAGAGGUUCCCGUGUGAGUACAAUUAAUGAUUGGCUACAAAUCAAAAUUGGCGGCGAUGAGGAGGUGAAGAAGAAAAAGGGCCGACAGCAAUUAAACCGCAUCAAAUCCACAAAAUAUACACUAAUUACAUUCCUGCCACAAAAUUUGCUCGAACAGUUUCGACGCAUAGCGAAUUUUUACUUUCUAAUUAUGACUAUCAUAUCACUCUUAAUCGACAGCCCGGUCUCUCCGCUGACAUCGUUGCUACCGCUGGUUUUUGUGAUCGCAGUGACUGCCGCUAAGCAGGGCUAUGAAGAUUUCUUACGGUACAAAACCGAUAAUGUUGUUAAUCGUUCGCCAGUGACGGUCAUACGUAACGGUGUGGAAGCAAACAUUCAAUCGCAAUAUGUCUGUCCAGGCGACUUGGUGGUGGUGGAGCGCGAUUGUGAUGUGCCCUGUGAUUUGGUGUUAUUGCGUAGCACCGAUCCACAUGGCAAAUGCUUUAUAACGACCGCCAACUUGGAUGGUGAAUCCAAUUUGAAGACGUUGAUGGUACCACGUGAUUUGCCGUUGGUCGAUAUAAACCAUUUGCACAAAUUGGGCGUCAUCGAGUGUGAGAAUCCUAAGACUGAUCUGUAUAGUUUCAAUGGUAAGAUAGAACUGGCCGGUGGCGAGGGGCGCGUGCUGCCACUUUCAACCGACAAUGUGCUGUUGCGUGGCUCACGCGUCAAGAAUACCGAAUGCGUUAUUGGGUGUGCUGUGUACACGGGCAUGACUACCAAGCUGCAGCUGAACAGCCGGCUAACGCGCAAUAAGUCUGCCUCUAGUGAGAUAUACGUGAAUCGUUUCUUGGUCGUGGUGCUGAUGUUGAUGAUAGGGAUCGUUACUAUGUUUUACUUCUUCAAACGUUAUGAAGAGAUUUUUGUGAUACCUAAGCUUGCAUAUUUGGGUCCUGCUGCUGACGGCUACAGUGUCAAACAAUUCCUGCAGGAUUACCUCUCUUUCUUGAUACUGUUUAAUUACCUCAUUCCAAUAUCGUUGUAUGUAACCAUUGAGUUGCAACGUGGUAUUAGUGGGUUGUUCAUGGAGUGGGAUCUGCAAUUGUAUGACGAAGCAACCGACGAACAUUUUAUAGUAAACACAUCCAAUUUAAAUGAAGAACUUGGUCAGAUCAACAUUUUGUUUUCGGAUAAGACCGGCACAUUAACGAAAAAUGAAAUGGUUUUCCAACAGUGCUCGAUAAAUGGACGAAAGUACACCUUUAAAAAGACACGGUUGCUGGAAGAUGGGAGCGGCGCAUUGAUAGACAUAAACAAGUUCAAUAAAGACCAAAGAGCAUUCUUUGAAGCAUUGGCUAUAUGUCACACCGUUCAAGUAGCAGGGGAAUCAAACGCUGAUGGUACCUUAGAAAUUGAAACACCCGACAAAGAACUUAAUGGCAAAAGUGGGCUGGCUAAAAUGUACUCCAUUUCCGAUAUCACCGAGGAGAGUCAUAAUUCCAGUCGACAAAGUGGUGUAGAUUCCGAUCAUUCGCAAACAUUGGAAACAAGCCUAUCCAAUAAUCCUGAUGGAACAAAAAAUGAGGGCAUCAUCGCCAAUAGCAUUAUGAACAUGUCCAACGGCACAGGUUUAAGUCGUUCGAAUGGUACGAAUGGGGCAAAUAUGACUUCUGACGUCAAUCCGCUGCUUAACGAAGCAAAUAAAGAAGAGAAACGCAAACGACCGCUAAUUGUCAAACGUAGUCCGAAUUUUACGCGCGCCUCGUCGAGAAUACAUCCAGCGCCAAUGGGGAAUGACGGACAGUUCUCUAUAGAAAUGGUGAGCCGCGCCACUAAUGCAAAUUUGCUAGCAACACCCGGUUCACGACCCACUUCAUUACCCUUCACACGUUCCACAUCAGCCAUCGAUUUGCCAGAUCUGGCAGUUGCACCCUCACCGACUGGACACAAGCGAUCGCACUCUUAUGGCGCACAAAAUGCAUAUUUAACACAACCAGUGCCACAAGGCGGAGUUGUCAUUCGCACAGCUAGUAAUCUGUCGCGUGAGUCUUAUGCAGCACCUAACUUUCAACGUCAACCAACCCUUCUGUUACGUGCGGAGUCACAGCGUCGCAAGAAUGAGAUUGAACAAGUUGUGCACACCCUCGACUAUCAAGCCUCCAGUCCAGACGAAAAGGCGCUCGUUGAGGCUUCCGCCAAUCUGGGGCUCGUUUAUAUGGGUGACGAUGAUGAGGUCUUACGAAUACGUGUCGUACCUCCACACUUGGAUUAUUCGCGACCCUUUAACGUUGGUAAAGUCAACGAAAUACGUUUCAAUCGCUUACAUGUACUGGAGUUCACUUCGGAUCGUAAACGUAUGAGUGUGAUUGUGAAAGACGAGAACGGCACCAAAUGGAUUUACACAAAGGGAGCAGAAAGUUAUGUGUUUCCGCUUUGUGCUAACAAUCAGGCAAAUAAUGUGUCGCGAACCGAUGCACACAUAAGCGAUUUCGCAAGGCAAGGUCUGCGUACAUUGGCCGUAGCGAGGCGACGGGUUGGUGAUGACGAGUACCGCACCUUCAUCGACGAAGUGAAUGUGGCAAACAGUUCGUUGGAAAAUCGAAAGGAGUUGUUAGACCAGAGCUAUGCCAAAAUCGAGUGCAAUCUCGAGUUACUGGGUGCCACCGCCGUUGAAGAUGCCUUACAAGACGAUGUCGCUGACACACUGAUCUCAUUGCAAAAAGCCGGUAUCAAAAUUUGGGUGUUAACCGGUGAUAAGGUCGAAACGGCACUUAACAUAGCGUUGUCAUGUGGUCACAUACCUCCCGACGCUAUCAAGUAUUUUAUAAUCGAUUGUAGAUCGAAGGAGGAUAUGAUGGUGCACUUGAAUGCAUUGGAUCGUGAAAUUAUUUUCGGUAUUGGCGCACAGUGUGCGCUACUAAUCGAUGGAAAGAGUUUAAGUAUCGCAUUGUCCGAGACGCCAGAGAUGUUCCGCGAUAUAGCAAUCAAAUGCACGGCAGUACUUUGUUGCCGCUUAAGUCCAUUGCAGAAGAGUGAAGUAGUAGCUUUGAUUAGAACUUCGUCAGAGGAUUACACAACGGCUGCCGUGGGCGACGGUGCAAAUGAUGUAUCAAUGAUACAGGAGGCACAUGUGGGGCUCGGCAUUAUGGGGAAAGAGGGUCGGCAAGCGGCACGUUGUGCUGACUUUUCUUUCGCCAAAUUUUCGAUGCUGAAACGUUUAAUACUAGUACAUGGACAUUAUCAUACGACGCGCCUGUCUCUCUUAGUGCUUUAUUUCUUCUAUAAAAAUAUCGUAUUUAUGGGCAUAAUAUUUCUGUUUCAAUUUUAUGCGCUGUUCUCAACGCAAUCCGUGUACGACUCUCUGUUUCUGACCCUUUACAAUGUGAUCUAUACUUCGUUGCCGAUUUUAUUUAUUUCUCUUACAGAGAAAGCUUAUAGCGAGGAAACGCUUUUGAAGCAACCAGAACUUUAUAAAAAAAAUAUAAACAACAAGGGACUUCAUUGGCAGUACUUCAUCGGUUGGAUACUUUUUGCCGUCUACCACACAUUGAUCACUUACUACUUCACAUACUAUGUGUUUGCCACAAACAAUAUUCUACUAAAUGUUGGCCAGCCGGCGGAGUUUUCUUGCUUUGGCACUUUGCUCAUUGAGAUCGUUGUUGUUGUGGUCAACUUAAAACUGAUGCUACAGUCCAAGUACCUGAGCUAUUGGUAUAUAGCGACGAUUUUGGGCUCCAUAUUGACGUUCAUGAUAACUACUGUUAUCUAUAACGUAAUUGACUUCGACUACGACACCGAUAUCUAUUGGGCAUAUAACAAAUUGCUGUGUUCGCUACCCGUUUGGCUGUUCACUAUAAUCACAGUUAUUGCUUGCCUGUUGCCGGAUUAUGUAAUAAGAAUUAUACCGAGAGUGAUUAAUUUUCCGAAACACUUUCGCUUUUUUCCGAACGCGGGACGUUUAAUCACGCGACGUAACAUGCAAACGACACAUUUAUGAGUUGCAGUCAACUACCGUUAUAUAUGUGUAAAUAUAUAUUGUUGCUCAAUAUUUUUUUAAUCUGUUACAUAUAUCGUCACCUAAAAUGAAAAUAACGACCAUCACUUUUCAUAAGUUUACAGGCGAAGGAAAAACUCAUAUUGAACAAAAUUUCAGUUUUGGUUAUAAAAUGGUUAUAUAUUGGUUAUACAUUGGUUACAUCUCAUAGUGGAAGUAAUAAAAAACCCAACUUCGAUAUUUUGAUGAUAUCUUGUUUUGCAUUUUAAGUGGCGAUAUAAUUUUAUAUACAAUAAUAUGUAAUAUACCGAAGUUGGUAGCUUACUUUUGAAUUUAACUGUAAAUUUGAACCGGUUUUAUUAAUGCUCAGUUUAAAGUUAAUGCAACCUAAAUGAAAUAAAUGUGCCAGAUUUUUGUGUUAAAUUAUCUUGUAGAUAUGUAUGUGCGAUCGCAACCUCGCUUCCUACAUUCUUUAAUACGUAUGUAUGUAUGUGUAUUGAUAGUAUUAUUGUAAAUUAAAUAAGCGUUGAAUUUAAGGAAGUAUGCCUUAAGGUGAUUACCAAAUAUAGUUACGUAAUUAUUAUUUAUAUUAUUUUUAUAUAUAUAUUAUAUUUAUUAUACAACAUGUGUAAAUAUAUAUUUAUAAAAAAUUUUGUUAGCUUGUUAAUUUAUGCCAUGACAACUACUUCCUCCAUGUACAUACUUACAUAUGUAUAGUAUUAGAACAAAAUUUUUCGAAGGUCGAAAAAAAUGAAAAGCAUUGUCAAUAUUUUAAUAAAAGAAAAACAAUGUUUUGGAUGUGAACGACUUUUUAUUAAUUAAUUAUUAUUAAUAUGUAUAUAUAUUUAAUAAAUAUUUAUUAAUAAAUGAUGAUGUUGAGCAAAACAAUGUCAAGUGCACAAUAUACAAGA